CAUAAACCAAACAAGUACAUAAACACUAAAAUUAUAAAAUUGAUACAACGAAUUCAAGUUCAAUACUUCUAUUACCCGAUAUGAACAUAAUAGAUGACGUUCACUUUACACAUAGUUUGAGUUAAUUAAUCAAGUAAUCACUUUAUGAAAGCAAUUAGCUGUUUUCUUGUUUUAAACGCUGCGUACUUCAAUCAGUUUCCUUCAACAGUUCAACCUCAGAUUACCUAAGUGACAGCUAAAAUAGUCAACUUUCUGCCUCCAACGGUAUUAUUUUUGGUCUUUUUUAUCAAUCACAAUCAGUUUUGGUGUGAAUGAUCAGUGGCAGAUUUUGAAAAUGGGUUGUCAAACUUCUAAAGAUGGUGUGAAAUUGCCUGCUUGUGAUAAUUUCUCUCUUCUUGCUGAAGAUACUGUUUUUACUUUUGAUGAAGUGGAGCUUCUAUAUGACUUGUUCAAUAGACUCAGCAAUUCGGUUGUCAGAGAUGGUUUUAUUCAGAAGGAGGAACUUCAACUUGCACUAUUCAAGAAUAGUAUGAAGAGAAGUCUUUUUCUGGACAGAAUGUUUGAUCUCUUUGACGUUAACCAGAAUGGCCUCAUUGAGUUUGGAGAAUUCGUGCGAGCGUUGGGUGUCUUUCACCCUAAUACUCCUGAAACAGAUAAGAUGAAGUAUGCAUUUCAGUUGUAUGACCUAAGGGGAACUGGCUAUAUUGAGCAUGAAGAAUUGAAAGAAAUGGUAUCGGCCCUUCUGUAUGAAUCAGACCUGUAUCUCUCAGAUGAUUUAGUUGAGGCUAUUGUGGACAAGACUUUCAAGGAAACCGAUUCAAAAGGUGAUGGAAAAAUUGACAUGGAAGAGUGGGAAGAAUAUGUAACGAAAAAUCCCAAACUGCUAAAGAACAUGACUCUACCCUACUUAGCGGACAUUAACAUCGCUUUUCCGACCUUUGUGGUGAACAAGGAAGCUGAAUGCUUACAAAGAAAAGGACCCGAGGAAGAUUAGACACAAACAAACAAUGCCUUCCUGUCGAUCUUUGACAUCAAAGGUGCUAGACGCUUGCAUACCUGGUGAAUGAUGGUUCGUAAAACGAAGGCGUAAAAUUAGUUCAUAGGGAAAGAAUCUCUUCUCUGUUUAAAUGGAUGGGGUAAGAUCAUGCAUUUAAUCACUCCUUACCCUGUCUUGGUGAGCUGCAAGGGCUGAGGCAUGAAUGGAUGAUACUUGAUAGUCCAAGAGGUGGAUGAAUUGCACACUUGAUUGUACAUGAACCAAACUUAUCACUUCAUUUCUGUAAUGUGUAAAAACACCAUCUUCUAUUUUUUUUUUCCCAUAUAUUUUGAGUUACUUUUAAAGCAUUUUCCAGAUCAUGAACCCGUAUAUCUACUUUAUUACUAGUUUGUUGUUUUUUUUU